UUUCACUUUAUAAUUGCAUAAUUUACAAUAAUAUUACUUGCUGUUUUUUUUGUUAAAAAUGAUACCUAAUCUUGUAUCACUUAUGUUCUAUUCUCUUUGUAGGAAAUGAGGCAAAGAAAACUUCAUCACAAUCCUCUAUUUGCUAAACACCAUUAAGAAGAAGACAGUAUUUUAAUCACCUGAAACUACAUUUCUUUUGAAAUUUUAUAAGUCUUGCUAAGUCAGCAAUAUAUUUUUUUAAUUUAUUUUGUGAAGCAUUGAAUUUAACUAACAGCUGCAGGCCUGAGAUCUUUCCUUCAAGAAGCAUUACUAUAAGUGUAGCUGGUGGGAUGAGAGCUUUCAUCACUAAUAACCAUGGAAGAGAAGAAAGAAAGCUUCAAAAUCCUCAUGUUCCCAUGGUUAGCUCAUGGACACAUAUUCCCGUACCUCGAACUCGCCAAACGCCUCUCAACAACACACCACUUCACCAUGUACCUAUGCUCCACCACUGUCAACCUUGAUUCAAUCAAAUCCAGCAUCUUGUCCGAAGAUGAUGCAGCUGCAUCAGUGAAACUAGUAGAGCUGCACAUGCCAUCUCCCCCUCAACUCCCUCCCCACCUCCACACCACAAGCAAUCUCCCUUCCCAUCUUCUCCUAACCCUCAUGAAAACCUUUCAAGAAUCAAGAUCAAGCUUCUCAGAUAUCAUGGAUUCCCUAAAGCCAGAUCUUGUCAUAUUCGACGUAUACCAACCAUGGGCGCCCAAGAUCGCUUCAUCCAAAGGUAUACCUAGUAUCUACUUCUCAACCUCUGGCGCAACGGCCUUGUCUUUCCUCCACCAUUUAUAUACAGUGGGGAGUGGUGCUACCUUCCCAUUUCCAGCUAUAAGUCUUCCUGAUGAUGAUCUGCCCAGGCGGCUAGCCCUUCUCGCGCAAAAUUUGAAGGACGCAGAUGAUGAUUUUGCAUAUGGAGCAAUGGCAAGAUCAACAGACAUAGUCUUGUCAAAGAGCUCCAGGUAUGUUGAGAAGAAGUAUGCAGACUAUCUCUCUGCUUUGAGCAAAAAGCAGAUAGUUUGCACCGGCCCCUUAAUCGCUGCUGAUGCUAAGAAGCACGAUGACUCAGAGAUCAUGAAAUGGCUAAAUGGGAAGACUCUUGAUUCUACCAUAUACAUCUCCUUUGGCAGUGAAUGCUUUUUAUCCAAGAAGCAGAUUGCAGAAAUAGCAAAAGGGCUAGAUCUUUGUGAUGCUAACUUCUUGUGGGUGAUCAGAUUUCCUGCUGAGGAGGCGGGCACGGGCAUCAGACUGAUCGAAGAAGAACUACCUGCAGGGUUUCUUGAAAGGGUGAAGGAGAGGGGGUUGGUUGUGAGUAAAUGGGCGCCACAGACGAAGAUUUUAGACCAUCCGAGUAUAGGAUGCUUUGUGAGUCAUUGUGGAAGGAGUUCCAUCACAGAGAGCAUGUAUUUUGGUGUUCCGGUUAUAGCUAUGCCCAUGAAUGUUGACCAGCCUAUGAACGCUCAGUUAAUGGUGGAGCUCGGUGUUGGUGUGGAGGUGGAAAAGGAUCACGAAAAUGGAGUGUAUGUGGGAGAGGAGGUUGCCAAAGCAAUGAAUAGGGUGAUGGUGGAGAAGAACGCGUUGUAUGAAGGUCUGAGGAGCAGAGCUCGGAGAUUGUGUGAGACGAUGAGAGAGAAGGAAGGCGAAGAAGUGAAUGAAGUAGCUCAGCAGCUAUUCAAGAUUUGUGCCAAGAACAAGAAAUAAAUGUGGCAAACUGUUUCUGGUUUAGGAUUUGUGUGUUUUUAUGAUUCAUCAACAAAAGGUGUAUUCUAUUCUGUUCAAGAUUAACUGCAACAACAUUUCUAUUCUGUUUCUGUA